AUGUCUCUAGCAGUCUUACGGGCCAGAAGUGCGCUCGCCAGCAGGUUUCUCAGAGCUCCAGCAUGGAGAGCUCGUCACUACAGUCGCCCAGCUCUGGCAGGCUUGGACAAGUUCCUGAAGGUGUCUGAAGAGGUGGAGGAUGCGAUAGCUACCGGGAAGCCCGUUGUUGCGCUAGAGACGACCAUCUAUACACACGGAUUCCCUUACCCGGAUAACGUGGAUCUUGCCAUGCGCCUUGAAUCUAUUGUGAGGUCGACCGGCGGUGUGCCUGCGACCAUUGGAGUCAUCGACGGGAUUGCGCGCGUUGGAAUGAACGAGACGGAGUUGACAGAGCUAGCAUCGACCUCACAGAGGACAAAAGUGCACAAAGUAUCCCGUCGGGACCUUGGUUAUAUCUGUGGAGCGGGAAUUCGGGGUAACCUAAUGAACGGCGGAACUACUAUUGCUGGGACGAUGAUUCUAGCGCACCUUGCGGGAAUCAAGGUCUUUGCUACCGGAGGACUAGCUGACCUCACCGAACUUGGACGUACACCUGUGGCCGUUGUCAGCUCUGGCUGCAAGAGCUUCUUGGACAUCCAACGAACCCUAGAAUAUCUAGAAACCGAAGGUGUGGUUGUUGCAGCCUUUGCAGACGGACGCAAGGGAGACGUCGACUUCCCAGCAUUCUUCACUCGAGACAGUGGCAUCAAGGCUCCUAGGGUCAUCCAAAACGAACAAGAUGCUGCUGCUAUCAUCUAUGCCCAGUCACAAUUACAGCUUAAGUCAGGAAUGCUCUUCACCAACCCUGUGCCAGAAGAACACUCGUUUCCCAAGCCAGAGAUGGACGCUAUCAUCACUCGGGCCAUUGAACUUGCUCACAUCGAAGGCAUCCAAGGAAGCGAUAACACACCCUAUGUCUUAGCUAAGAUUGAAGAGCUCAGCGGUGGACGCAGUGUGGCGACGAACAGAGCUCUUGUCGAAUACAAUGUGGAGGUAGGCACUAAAGUAGCCAUCGAGCUUGCGAAAUUAGAGUUGGAACACGGCAAAGACGCGGAUCGCAGUUUAGCUGUCAAUAUUCCAAUAAAUCAAGCCCAUGCCGAAGAGUCCCAGGACUACGUUGAGUCGUCUGAAUACGCGGUCUCUCCUUCAACGCAAGAAUUAGUCCAAGACGAACCAGAUCUGCUGGUAGCUGGAUCUCUUGCAGUUGAUCUAGCAUGCGAUUAUGCUCCAUUAUCAAAUGGCGGAGCCAAUGGUUCACCUAAGUUACAAACUUCCAAUCCUUCGAUCGUAACUCAGACCUUGGGGGGCGUUGGGCACAAUGUAGCCCUGGCAGCAAGCUAUAUGGGCAGCUCCGUAAUGUUCUGCAGCGUGGUUGCAGACGAUAUCAGCGGACGUAGUGCGCUUAGUGAUAUACAAGAUACAUAUAACCCUUUCUUCCAGUCAGAAGGCGUACAGUUACUGCCUUCAGCGCCCGAUGCCAGAACAGCUCAGUACAUUGCCGUCAAUGAUGCAAAGAAGGAUCUGAUAAUCGCAAUGGCAGACAUGAGCAUUCUCGAACUUCCGGAAAACAAAUUAAAUUUUGACACUUUCUGGGAACCCCUGAUCCGAGAGCAGGCAGUGCCACCUUCAUGGGCUGUUGUUGACGCCAAUUGGGGAUCAAGGGCUGCCACUGAAUGGAUACAGCUUUGCAAACGACAGGGAAUGAAAAUAGCACUUGAACCGGUUUCUGUACCGAAGGCUUCAAGGCUGUUCUAUCGACAGAACGACACAUCGAGCCACCCUCCAGUCAUAAGGGCGACUGACAUGGCUCCCGAUAGCCAUGUAAUUGACCUGGCAACACCGAAUAGGUAUGAGCUAGCUGCUAUGCACGCUGCGGCCCGAGACACCGGCCACUUCGACAGCCCCGAGUGGUGGCGUAUCAUAGACGCCCUUCAGUUACCUAGUAAUGGCUCAAGGGUCCGUCUAAUAUCACUUACAAAUGCGGAGCUUGUCAACGAGGGAAUACCUCAGCAGAGCAUACAGCUUCUUCCGUUGAUCCCAUGCAUAUUGACGAAGUUGGGUCCUCAGGGUGUACUAUUGACUCAAAUCCUGUGGCCUGGUGACGAACGACUCAGCAUGAAAGAAUAUGCACCGUAUAUUCUUGGCCGAGGGCAGAUAGAUGAUAGCCCAGUGGGAGGCGUUUAUAUGCGUCUUUUUCCGCCGGAAGAGACACUUGCAGAUGCUGAUAUUGUCAGUGUAAACGGUGCUGGUGAUACCCUGCUUGGUGUUGUGGUUGCUGCUCUCGGAAGAGGUGGACGAGACUGUGAAGUACGGAUAGAAGAUGUCAUUCCAAUUGCGCAGAGGGCCAGUGCUAUGACUAUAAAAAGCAAGCAUUCUGUGAGCCCUGAAAUAUCUCAGCUUGCUCCGCUAUUGGAGUCAUUGUAG